AUGCGUUUGAAAUAUUCCAGCCAGCAUUUGUUCGACCGGCAGCUGGGCAAAACCUCAAUUUUAACCAAUAACCGCAAGGUGCUCUUUGAGCUUUUUGAAGAAACCACCCCGGUUCCCACGCCUUCCGAGCAAGUAAAUUUGUCUGAGUACAACACGGAAGAACCGCAAGCUGCGGCACCGGAGCAGCCUGGCGCUUCCGCGGAACCCGAGGCGGAAAAAACCGAGGCGCCCGCCCCAGCGCCCCAGGCACCGCGUUCUGACGAAUCGCAACCCGCACUUGAGGCCGAGCGUGAGGAAAACCAAAAGGCCCCCGAAGCGCAAGAGCCGGCCAAAGCCGAGCCACAAGAAAUUCCUGAGCAAGGCCCAGCGCCCCAGGCCGUAGAAAAAGAAGCGGUAGAAGAAGAUGCUGCCACGGCAGCCGAAGCCGUGGAAGAACAGCCUGCGGCUGAAACCCCGCCAAAAGCAGAAGAGGCGACUAAGCCCGAAGCCGCGGAAAAGCCCAGUCCAAAAUCGGCCAUGAGCGAGCGCAUUCGCGAAAUACUGGAGAAAAACCGGAGAAUACGCGAAGAAGCCCUGGCCCGGAAAGAAGGUCGUCCCUUGCCUCCCAAAGAGGAGGCGGUCCCAGCGGAAAAACAAGCAGAUCCCACGCCCAGGGAGGAAGCUUCGGCCGAAGCCGAAGACCAUCUGAGCCAACAGCCGGAAAGUAGCAAGGAAAGCCCGCCCGAGCAGCCACAGGCAGAAAGUCAGCCCGAAAUACAUUCGGCCGAAGCGCCCAAAGCCAAAGAUGAGGAUGAAACUCUGGAAGGGCAGAGCCUGGUGGAUGAACCCCAACGCCAGGAGGCCAGCCAAACGACCAACGAUUUUGUGGAGGAAGACCUGCCUUACCAACGCCAAGAAGGCUACGAAGACAAGGGUGAAUCUUUGAGCAGGGAAGCCGAUCAGGAGCCGGAAUCUACCCUGGAGGAAGAGGUGCAGCAGGACGAACACCAGGCCGAAGGCUUGAGCAGCCUGGAAGAGCGCAUAGCCGGCAUCCGCAGCCGACUGGAGAAACUGGGCGCGGAGAAAGAACAAGAGCAGCCGCUGGAGCCGGAGGAAAGCGAAAGCGGGCUGGCAGACGAUCUGGAUCAGGAAUUCCGCGACAUACAAUCGCGCUCUGAACACCUGCACGAUGCCAGUUUUGAAAGGAAAGCGAUGGAGGAUGUACCGGAGGAACAGAAGCCGGAAGAUUUGUUCGAGGUAGAUGACGAUGCCUUUGAUCCUAUUUCAAAUGAAGAAGCGCAGCAAAUGUCGUUUAGCCGCUGGCUGAAGCAGUUUGAGAAGAAGGAAGAGCAAAUAGAAAAACAAACCGAAGAAACCCGGGCCGCUGACGACAGCGAGCAAGAGGAAAAAGCUUCUCUGAAGUUUGAAGACAAAAUGCAACUGCUG